AUGGCGUGGAGGAUGAACCAGGGAGCCUCGGCGAGGAAGCGCGUGGAGGCAGGGCCGACGGGAGCAACAGCUCAGACGGCAAGGCGCGGCCAUGGGGAUCGGACGCGACGCGCGGGAAGAGCCUGGAGGGCUGCGAGAUCGAGCGCAAGCUCUUUUGCAUGCGUUGGUGGCGGCGCUAUCGGGAGGGAGAUGGGGAUAGAGGAGAGCUGA